GCAUGCUCAGGCCAAUGGAUGGUUACUGCAGCUGUUGUUGCUUUUCGCCAGGAUUUCUCCUACAUAUCUCAAAUUAGGGCAAGAAAUUUUAUCCUCAAUCUGAAAACAAUGAUUUUGUCCAUUUCCUAUGCAGGAUUGAACUCCAAGGCUCGCUAAAAGCUGAAUUUAUCGCCAGAUCCGACAGUAGGGCAAGGACCAUCAAACCCCACAUGACCGAGCGAGUAAAAGAGAUGGGAGGGACGGGAAGGAAAAAGAAAUGUCCCCUCCUAUCUCAUGCCACAAGAGGGCGCCCGCGGGAGCCGCGCCCCAUCUGACGCCCCCUGCCCAACCAGUUACUCCGUGCCAUGCCCCCCACACCUCAAACCGGACCAACCCAUCGUGUACGGUGCAGCAGUACUACGAAACGGGCCACUCCAAAAACAGUCACCUUAACCUCCGGGUUUCUGUUUCGCCAUUGGACAGAGUUCCCUCACCCUCACCCUCCUCACCUUCCUCACCCCCCUUCUCUCGCUCUCUCUCUCUCUCUCCCUCCCCUUUUUUCAUCCUCCUCCCCCUCCUGACUCGUCGCCCUACUCACGCCUUUGGUUUCUUGUUUCGGUAUGCAUCAAGUGCACGCGUCUAUCCUGUUGUUUCUUUUCCUUCAUUUUUUCCCCUUUCUCUUUCACCUCCUCAUCCGCCAGCGGAUCCCUUAUAUGCUUUCGUUGAUGGUUCUGAUUAACAUUGGGUAUGGUUUCACUCAGUACGGACGUGUCUCAGGGAGACAGCUGCUCGAUGUUUGCACCAACUGCGCCAGUGCCAUUUGAUCGCUCACAAGCGCGGAUUACGAACACAGUUUUCAAGAGUGGACCACUUUUCAUAUCCUCCAAAGGGAUAGGGUGGACUUCUUGGAAGAAACGCUGGUUUAUCUUGACACGCACAUCACUAGUGUUCUUUCGAAGUGAUCCAAAUGCACUUCCUCAUAAGGCUGGGGAAGUAAAUCUUACCCUGGGUGGGAUUGACCUUAAUAAUUCUGCAAGUGUGGUUGUCAAGGCUGAUAAGAAGUUGUUGACAGUUCUGUUUCCUAAUGGAGGUGAUGGACGAGGUUUUACACUCAAGGCAUAGACAUCUGAAGAUAUGUAUGAGUGGAAGGCGGCACUUGAGAAUGCUUUGGCUCAAGCACCUAGUGCAAACCUUGCAAUGGGGCAAAGUGGAAUUUUUCAGAAUGAUGCAAGUGUCACUGACACUAUUGGAAGCUCUGUCGAACAAUGGAGAGAGAGGCGCCCUGUGCAGUCAUUGGUUGUUGGUAGGCCUAUACUGCUUGCACUGGAAGACAUGGAUGGAAGCCCUUCCUUUUUGGAAAAGGCUCUGAGGUUCAUUGAACAACAUGGAGUAAAAGUAGAAGGCAUCCUAAGACAGUCUGCAGACGUUGAAGAGGUUAAGCAGCGUAUUGAAGAGUAUGAACAAGGGAAGACUGAAUUUUCUCCUGAUGAGGAUGCACAUGUUGUGAGUGACUGUGUUAAGUAUAUUCUUCGGGAGUUGCCGUCAUCGCCAGUGCCUGCUUCUUGUUGCACAGCACUGCUGGAGUCUUUCAGAACUGACCAUGAAUUUCGGGUUGAUGCCAUGCAUGAUGCUAUUUCUGAAACACUUCCGGAGCCUAAUCGCCGGCUACUGCAGAGGGUCCUCAAGAUGAUGAUUGCUGUUGCUUCUCAUAAAUCUGAGAAUCGGAUGUCUGCACCAGCUGUUGCUGCAUGCAUGGCACCUCUACUUCUUCGUCCCCUUUUGGCAGGUGACUGUGAACUGGAGGAUGCUUUUGACAUUGGUCAUGGUGGUUCUGCUCAACUUAUGGCUGCAGCUGCAGCUGCUAACCAUGCUCAUGCUAUCAUUGCAACAUUGCUGGAUGAGUAUGAUGGCAUAUUUGAAGAUGAUUGCUUGCAAAGGGAAUCUCAUUCGACUGAUAUGUAUUCUGAUUCAGAAAGUAAUGGCAGCGAGGAUUCAAUGGAGGAUGAGAUUCUGGAAACUGUUGAUGAUGGAUAUCAUGAUGUAGAGAAUGACCUUGACCCAGACGAUGAUCCUGAACAAUCAUUUUGUGGAACACUUAGUGAAAGUAGCGACCAUGCAGAAAGUGAUGUAUAUGACUAUAAGGUCUAUGCUGGUGCUGAUUCAGAUGCUGAUGCUCAAAAUGAUGGUAGCAUGUGCAGAUCUGAUCAGAAAUCAACAACCGAAGUCCUUCCUUCAUUAAAGGAAUUAGUUAUGGAAAAUUUGACUGAAAAUCACACUUCAUCAGGUGUUUUUGCAAGUGAAUGUCAGGAUUCAUUGGGAGAUGAUUCUGCUUUGGGAAGUCCAAAACAAGAUGUAUCUUCUUUAAGUUCAUCAUCAUGCCUCACAAAUACUUGUGACAAAUUAAAUGCAGCUGUGCUCACUGCGAAAAGGCAAUCAAUCUGGGGACGAACUGCUGCAAGAAAGAAUCUGGCCAUGGAUUCGAUUGAUUCUCACAGUGAUGACGAGAUUAUGAUUCAAAGGCUUGAGAUCACUAAAAAUGAUCUUCAAAACAAAAUUGCAAAGGAGGCAAAGGGGAAUGCAAUCUUGCAAGCAAGCUUGGAGAGGAGGAAGCAAGCUUUACAUGAGCGUCGAUUAGCACUUGAGCAAGAUGUGGCUAGAUUGCAAGAACAGUUGCAAAGAGAGAAGGACCUUAGGGCUACUAUAGAGGCUGGAUUAAACAUGCCUCCACAGAAUUACUUGGCCUCUUCUAGUAUGGAUAUUAAGCAGAUACGAGCAGAACUUGAGGAAAUUGCUCUUGCUGAAGCAGAUGUAGUAAACUUGAAACAGAAGGCUGCUGAUCUUCAUUUGCAGCUCAACCAACAGCAUCGGCAUAUUCAUAGUUCGUUCUGCAAGUCUUGUGGCCAUGAUUUGCAUGCUCAAAAGCAUGAAAUCACACAGAAGGUUCAGCAACAAAUUUUAGGGACUGGUAAUGAUGUACUGCUUCACGAAGGGACUAAAAAAAAAAAUGAAGUAAAGGAUGUCUUCCUCAGUUGUGACUCCAGAGCUGUGAAAACGCAAUUAAUACCUUCUGUUCAGAGCAGACAACCCCACCGGAAACAACAAGAUUUGACAAGUAGAUCCAUGUUUAGUUCUGAUUUGGUGAAGGAGCCCUUUGCAAAAAAUCAAGAACGGCGAUAUCAGCUUUUAAAUGAGCUUCACAACCUUGAUGGGAAAGAUGGGACAAGUUCACACAAAUAGAUAUAUUUCUGUUCAGGAUAAGCAAGCCACGUAUCCUUGUAGCAGUUAAAGCUUCUAUCACCUUCUUCAGUGGCCGGGAGUAAAAACGUCUGCUGCUUUUUGCCGCUUUUCAGUCUCAGCUUCUCGGUUCAACAUUGCAUCCAGCCGAUUGUAACUAUUUACAAGUACCCGUCAAAGACUAACUGGAUUAUCUACUAGCGGCUAUGGGCCCACAGGGUUUGUAUUUCUUGCCCUUCGGAUUGUACAAGCUUUCUUCUAGUUUGCAAGAGAAAGGGGAGCUUAUGGGCGUAAGCAAAAUGAAGCAACGUCCACAGAAAAAAGGUUUCUGCCUUGGUGACACAAUGUUUCGCUGACGUGAAGAAGCUGGAAAAAAGAUCCACUGGCUAUUUUGUCUCAAAAUUUGUCCCUUUUCCGACGCGUUCUAAGCGCGCAUAUUACGAUGAUAUGCAUGGUCAUAAUGUAUAUUAUUGAUAUUGUACGCUCAGCAAGACUGGAAUGCUUAUCAGAAAAAUUUCUGGACAAUUCUGGCCACAGUGGAUGGACGAUCGCCGGUCUGAAGAUGAAUAGAGAGAUCAGGAUGGAUGGAAAAUUUUGGGGUUCUUUCUCCGCCUGUGAUAUCCCAGGCGACAGGAACGUAAUUUAGAUGAUUCAAGAAAAUAUGGGAUUUUGGGAAGCUAAAAACCUGAUGGGUACAGAGCUGCCAUCUGAGCUUUUUCCAUUUUUUGGGGGUAUUUAUUCUCUCCAACGCGAAUAGAUCACGUUAGAUGUUUAGACACUUAGAACGUAUUGACUGUAAUAUUUGCAUAUUAGAUUUCGUUCAAACUCCAGAAAUAUUUAGGUUUGAUGUUGAUUUUGGAUUUAAUAAUGUACGGCCCCUAACGUUGUGAGAUGGAAAAAGGAAAUCCGAUUUCUUUUGGGAGA